CCUGGAGCAGCAGCGGGAGGAGGCGCCCACCUGCACCUGCCUGCAUCUCCCAACUCCUCCGCCCCGUGCAACUGCCGGCAGCCAAGUGCCAUUAAACCCGGUGGCCAGGAGGAUACCUCACCUGGGUCCCCUCUGCUGGGAGAGGCAGGGCAAGCCUGAGGAGAUUUCCCAGUGAAGGACUCAGAACUCUGCGAUUUCUCUUCUGCCACAGGCUGAGAAGCACCCAAGGAACUGCUCCAUCUGAGCUGCGCCCAGAGCAGGAGGAUGGGAGAGCGGGAUUGAGAGUGCCCGAAAUGGACAGAGGCAGCUGGGAUCUCAUUGGUAUUUUUAGAAGAUUGCUAUUUAAUGCCAUUCAAAUCCCGCCAAGCAUCGUUUCUGUAUGACUACCACAAAAGGAUUACUUUACAGAAAUCGCUGCCUUUUUGGAGAGUGUGAUUUGGACCCUGAUUCAGAAAACAGGGUUUUCUUCAAUGAGCAAGCAUCAGUGCUGAUUACCACCCUGUGAUCCAGAAGAGUCCAGUGACCAAGCAUGGCUUCCUCUUGGAGACUAAUCCUGUUCCUGUCUGUCACCAGGUGUCUUUCAGAGAACUCUGAAACUCUUUCCAGUGUUCCAACUUCGUAUGCUGCUUUGCUAAGAAUUAAGAAGAGUUCAGCCUCAUCUGCCUUUGGUUCCAAGACCAGACCACGGUACAGCAGUCCUUCCUUGGGAACCCUGAGUGUUUCUCCGCCGAGCUGGCGAGGGGCUCAGCUGCACCACUCCCCGGUCAACCUUUACCAUUCCUCAGAUGCCUUCAGACAAGAUGAAAGUGUGGACUAUGGGCCAAUAUUUGUGCAAGAACCUGAAGAUGUCAUUUUUCCAACUGACUCUGAUGAAAAGAAGGUCGCCCUGAACUGCGAAGUUCGUGGCAACCCUACUCCUACUUACAGAUGGCUCCGGAAUGGAACAGAAAUCGAUCUGGAAAGUGACUAUCGCUACAGUUUGAUAGAUGGGACCUUCAUCAUAAGCAAUCCAAGUGAAGUUAGGGAUUCCGGGCUUUACCAGUGUUUAGCCACCAAUACUUUUGGAAGUAUUCUCAGUCGAGAAGCCACACUUCAGUUUGCCUAUCUGGGAAACUUUAGUGGCCGGACAAGAAGUGCAGUCUCUGUGAGGGAAGGCCAGGGGGUUGUUCUGAUGUGCUCUCCGCCGCCUCAUUCUCCAGAGCUCAUCUAUAGCUGGGUCUUUAACGAGUUCCCCUCCUUUGUGGCGGAGGACAGCCGGCGGUUCAUAUCCCAAGAGACAGGCAACCUUUAUAUUUCUAAAGUGCAAACAUCAGAUGUUGGCAGCUAUAUUUGUCUGGUGAAAAACUCCGUGACGAAUGCUCGAGUGCUCAGUCCUCCUACACCGCUCACUCUGCGAAAUGAUGGUGUGAUGGGAGAAUAUGAGCCGAAAAUUGAGGUCCAUUUUCCUUUCACGGUUACGGCUGCUAAGGGAACAACUGUUAAGAUGGAAUGCUUUGCGCUUGGCAACCCUGUUCCGACAAUCACUUGGAUGAAGGUUAACGGUUACAUUCCCAGUAAGUCCAGACUGCGGAAAUCCCAGGCUGUGCUGGAGAUCCCCAACCUGCAGCUGGACGAUGCUGGAGUAUACGAGUGCACAGCUGAGAACUCCCGUGGAAAAAACUCCUUCCGUGGACAGCUACAAAUAUACACAUAUCCACACUGGGUGCAGAGACUGAAUGACACCCAGCUGGACAGUGGAAGCCCUCUGCAGUGGGAAUGCAAGGCUACUGGAAAGCCCAGGCCCACAUACCGCUGGCUGAAGAAUGGAGCACCCCUCCGGCCACAGAGCAGAGUGGACACAGUUAAUGGAGUAUUGGCGAUCCAUAGUGUGAACCAAUCAGAUGCAGGAAUGUAUCAGUGUUUGGCUGAGAAUAAAUAUGGAGCUAUUUAUGCAAGCGCUGAGCUGAAGAUUCUAGCCUCACCACCCUCUUUUGAACUGAAUCAAGUGAAGAAAACAAUAAUUGUUACCAAAGACCGGGAAGUCCUCAUAGAGUGCCGACCUCAGGGGGCUCCCAAGCCAACCAUCUCCUGGAGGAAGGGAGACAAGUCAGUGAGAGGCAGCAAAAGAAUAGCUAUUCUUCCAGACGGAAGCCUGCGGAUCGUAAAUGCUUCUAAAGCAGAUGAGGGAAAGUACAUUUGCCAAGGGGAGAACAUCUUCGGUUCCGCAGAGAUUAUAGCUUCCCUGUCUGUCAAAGAACCCACAAGGAUAGAGCUUACUCCUAAAAGAACAGAGUUAACUGUUGGAGAGAGCAUUGUCCUCAACUGCAAAGCCAUCCACGACUCCAGUUUGGAUGUCACUUUCUACUGGACACUAAAAGGACAACCUAUUGACUUUGAGAAAGAAGGUGGACAUUUUGAAAGCAUCAGGGCUCAAGCAUCCUCUGCAGAUUUAAUGAUCAGGAACAUCCUUCUGAUGCAUGCUGGGAGAUAUGGCUGCAGGGUACAGACCACAGCAGACAGUGUGUCAGAUGAGGCAGAACUUCUUGUUAGGGGUCCCCCAGGCCCACCUGGGGUGGUCAUCGUGGAGGAGAUCACAGAGAGCACAGCCACUCUCUCAUGGAGUCCAGCGACAGACAACCACAGCCCUAUCUCCUCCUACAGCCUGCAGGCUCGCAGCCCUUUCUCCCUGGGCUGGCAAACGGUGAAGACAGUCCCAGAAGUCAUCACAGGAGACAUGGAGUCAGCGAUGGCUGUGGACCUAAAUCCCUGGGUAGAAUAUGAAUUCCGAGUGGUGGCCACCAAUCUAAUAGGGACAGGGGAUCCAAGCAUUCCAUCUCGAAUGAUCCGCACAAAUGAGGCAGUUCCAAAGACAGCUCCCAGCAAUGUGAGUGGAAGGAGUGGAAGAAGGCACGAAUUGGUUAUCGCCUGGGAGCCGGUGUCAGAAGAGUUUCAAAAUGGGGAAGGCUUUGGCUACAUCGUGGCAUUCAGACCUAAUGGAACACGUGGCUGGAAGGAGAAGAUGGUAACGUCUUCUGAGGCUUCAAAGUUCAUUUACCGAGAUGAAAGUGUCCCCCCGCUCACACCCUUUGAAGUCAAAGUUGGUGUUUAUAAUAAUAAAGGUGACGGACCCUUCAGUCAGAUUGUGGUCAUCUGUUCAGCUGAGGGAGAACCCACUGCUGCCCCCACUGAUGUCAAAGCUACGAGUGUAUCUGUCUCAGAGAUUCUCGUUACAUGGAAACACAGUAAGGAGAGUCUCGGAAGACCACAGGGGUUUGAGAUUGGUUACUGGAAAGAUGCGGAACCAGAAGACUCUGCAGAAACAGUCAGAACCAGAGGGAAUGAGUCAUUUGUCAUGUUGACAGGACUGGAAGGCGACACUCGCUAUCACCUCACAGUCAGGGCUUACAAUGGAGCAGGAUUUGGGCCACCCAGCGGGGAAGUGAGUGCCACCACCAAGAGACACCCCCCAAGUGAGCCUCCUGGCAACCUCAGGUGGGAGCAGCAGGGGUCUCAGGUUUCCCUAGGCUGGGAGCCAGUCCGGCCUUUAGCCAACGAGUCUGAAGUCAUGGGCUACAAGGUUUUUUAUAGGCAAGAGGGUCAGAGCAAAGGUCAAGUUAUUGAAACACAGAAACCUCAAGCUGUAGUGCCUCUCCCUGAGGCCGGAGUCUACAUUAUUGAAGUUCGAGCCUACAGUGAAGGAGGGGAUGGAACAGCUAGCUCCCAGAUCAGAGUACCUUCGUAUUCAGGUGGGAAAAUCACAAGCGCUCAGUCAACUGUGCACUCUCUCUCCAAGUGGUCCUCAGUAACACUCCUCUUGGCUUUGAUGCUUCCUUCCAGUUCCUGGUGAAAGCUGCUCAUGCAGUUUGCUUUUCUUUGCUUUAGCUUGAGAAAGCAGCAGUGGACAGAGCGCAGAGUGAGUGGAGACCCAGGAUCCUGAGGAAAGCUUUGAACGUAUGGGACUACAGACGGUGCACUCUCAGGAGUUUGGGGGGAGAAUAUGAGUUACCCAUCAGGUUUCUCUUUGGAUUUUGUAAAUGGAGAGGACAGUUCUUGGUCCAAUAAAAAUAUGCAGAUUGUAUGUAAUGAAAUUUUGUAAGCAAAGGUAAUUUCUGUCAGAUGUAUUCUUAAUUUUUUUAAUAUGUUGGAUUUUGAUUUUCUAUUUGAUGACUCUGAGUGCCAUCCAUCUGUUACAGAGGUGGUCUCUGUCAGCCCACUCAAAAACAAAUACAAACCCAAGAAGGUUAUAUGUUCUCAAGACUCUAAGUCUAGUGUUUUCCAAACUUCCCAUCAGAUCACUGCUUCAACACCAAAGCAGCAGGAAAUGUGAAAAAUUGCUUCAGUUGUUGGGAUCCAUGAUAGGGUAAAUACAUAAAAGAAUUCUCAAAAGCUGUUGUAUGACUGAAUAGAAAAAUAGCAAGAUUCGUCAAUAGGCCAUUCUACAUGUGCCCAUGUAGUAAGGUAUUGAGGUAGGGAUUUUACAUUAGUGGAAGCUGAAUAGAAAGUGAGUCCAAAUUGAUUUAUUAUUUCCCACUAAGUGACAUGUGACCUACAGGAAAUACAGUCCAGGUUUAAUGUCAAAAGAUAGCUUAAAGUCACAAAACCAGUGACUGCUGAAAACUGCGAUGGCAUAAUGCCUCAGGUGCUAACAUGAAUGUGCGGAGAGCACCGGACAGGGAUGUCCCAUUCUCCACCUGCUCUCAAAUGGAUGUGGAAUUGAGUGCAAGGCUCUAUGCUGAUUGCAAAUGAUUUUAAGGACAAGGACAGUUGGUGAAAGGUGUAAUGAAGCAAAUGAUUUAAAGAAAAAUAUCUAAGAUUUAGAUACUGCUAUAUAUCAUAUGCCACUUAUAAAUGCUUCCCAACUACUGUGUAAUAAGGAAGGACUACUAGGUUCAGUGAUGUUCUUAAAACUUGUUGUGGAAACAAGGCAUUGCCACAGGGCUUCAUCUAGUCUAGCCAAAGUCUGCAUUGCUGGAUUCCAUGCCUUCAGAGACAAUCUCCAUUAACAAAUUUGAGGAGUCAGAGUCAACCUAAGAGAUAGUUCACAGAAAAGGUAAGUGAGAUAAUACUUCUUCAUGAUGUGAUAGGACAGAGCACAAGGAUGCAGAAGGGUGGAUAUCAUAUCUAUAAAGAUUCCAGAAAUGAUACUUAUAGCAACCUCACUUUCCAGAAAGAACCUGGAGAUGCUGGCUAUUUGAGCAAUGCUCUUAUGAGGACAGAAGGUAGAUUUUAUUGCUUUGACUUUAUAUGAUCCAAGCCAAUUAACUUUAUUUGCAUCUUUAAUAACAAACAAAGUGAAAAUACUGAGCUUAAGUCAAUGAUGCUUGGGGGUGUCUAUCCUGAAUAUCCUAAAAGAGUUUUCAGAUUACAGUGUAACUAUCUGCCAGUUAUUCAUAUUCUCUUUGGAUAAAAUUGUAUCCCAGAGAGCUCUAAGUAAAGGAAAGACAAUAUAAAAGAUGAUUUUAGUCAACAGACUAUUACAGUAAAUACUAAGACAGUGACUAUUCAAGCCUAUGAAUAAUAAAACCACGUGGCCUUUCUCAUGUGCCUCCUGGGGAAUAGGAGAGGCUGAAUUUCACAAACAGAAAGCAAAAGAUGAGCUUCCCCAAGUACGGUGUCACUUGCCAGAACAAAUCAUGCAUCUGAAAAAAAAUGUAGAAUGAUAUUUUUAAAAAAAUAUGUUUUUCACAUUUGGUGAAUUGAGACUUUUUCUUCAUUUAUUAUUGACAUUCUCUUCUAGAUUUACUGAAGAACUUUAAGAAUCAACUUCUUUACAAAAUUCUCCUAAAAUAAAACCUAGAAAAUAGAAAUGUCACAACAUGGCAGAUUCUGAUUAAUCAACAUUCCCCAAUCACUGGUGGAUAGUAGAUCUCUACCCAAAUAUCCACAUACAGAACACCUGAUGUCACAUUCUUGAAGAAUCCAGAGAUGUGGGAUGUUUUUACUCAACAUGCACAAAAAUAUGUAUUUUGCAUCAUGAACCUAUUUAAAAUAAUAAAACAGAUUUUCACUGUAUCUGUAUUUCUGUAUUCCGUAUUUGUUAUUUUGUAGCAAGCAGACAGCAUUCUUAUCAAGGAACAUUAUUUUUCAACAACAGUACUGAGAAAGCUUUUUCUCUGGUGGAAUGGUAACCACACAGUCUUAAUCACUACAGAGACUGUAUUUUUAUAACGCCUAUUGAACCAUAAGAAAACAGCACUCCUUAUCAUGAGACACUUCAUAACAGCAAAUGUUUUGCAUAUGUAACUGAAGGUACUGUGGACUCUGUGUCAAACCAUUAAAUACAUUGUAUACAAUCUGUAUAUAUACUAUAUAUAAUGGUAUAUAUCUUGUGGAAGACACAGUAAGAUAAUAGUUCUGUGUACUGUUCUUGUAACAUUAGAUCUUUUUAAUAAAUAAUUCCGUUUUUAUUGGCUUUUA